GCUACUUUGCGGCGGGAUACAAACACGCCCACCCUUCCGAUCAGCUGGUUUUUAAACUCAUUUGAUUGGACCACGCUAGCUCAAUGUGACUUUGCACCAGUUUUCUACGAUUACAUAUUUGCGUGUUGUCUGCUGCAAAGGAUUUUGUUUCUUCCCCAUGUAAAUCAAUUCGACAGGUGUACAUCUAUUAUAUUUAGAGAUGUAUACUUGGGAUCUGAUGAUGAUAACAGCUUAUCAGCAUUGGCGGACUGCUGCUGUCUGCGUAGGACUUGGAGCUUUGUAUGCUGUAUACUAUCUCCGAUAUGUUGUCAAGAAACCUGUACUAGCCUGUGGAAAUCCCAAGUUCCAGCGUCUUCUACAGACAUGCAUCCCAUCUUUGACCAAACCAUACUGGCCAACCUUUCUAUGCUUUGGGACCCACCUGCAAACCGUAGGGCAUGUUGCUUUCCAGCGCUUUGUCAGAAAACACAGUUAUAGAAGCGAGAAGCUGAAUACCCCAGAUGGUGGUGAAAUUGUCUUGCAUUGGUUGGAGACACAGUCAAAAGAUGAUAUUACUGAGCCUAUAGUUGUCAUAAUACCUGGACUAACUGGUGACAGCCAGAGCAUAUAUGUGAAGCACAUGGUGGAUGAUGUCCUCCGGGUAGGAUGUAGAGCCGUCGUCUUCAACCAGAGGGGCUUUGGAGGAGCAGAGCUCAAGACUCCACGUACAUUCUGUGCUGGCAGCACUGAUGAUAUCCACUUUGUCUUGAGUCACAUUCACCAGACCUACCCUGACGCACCUCUUCUUGCCAAUGGGGCAUCGAUAGGAGGGAUAAUGCUACUGAACUACUUGGCAGAGUAUGGCAGUCGGUGUGUACCUCUCGCUGGUGCCAUGACAGUGUCUGUUGCUUGGGAUCUUGUGGAAUCGGCCAAAUCUCUGGAGCUACCAGUCAACAGCAUCCUUUAUAAUUUGACCCUGACAUUAAACCUCAUCAAGCUUGUCAAAGAAAAAGGACUUCCAUUCAAAGAGCAUUAUGAUAUGCCUUCUGUUUGUAAGUCUCGCACUCUACGAGAGUUUGAUUCUCGCCUAACGGUCAAGGUGUUUGGCUACCGUGAUGUCCACCACUACUACAGUAGUUCAAGCCCUAGGGGUAAGCUGUCUAAGAUCACUGUGCCAACCCUCUGUCUCAACUCUGCUGAUGAUGCCUUCUCACCAAUCCAUACCAUUCCCCUUGAUGAAGCUAGAAGGUCAUCACAUGUUGCCAUAGCGAUGACCUCCCACGGCGGCCAUUGUGGAUUCAUGAAGGGAAUAUUCCCCAGCGGCAGAAAGACGUACAUGAGUGAUGUCUUCUCAGAGUAUGUGAGCGCCAUCUUCAAUGAAGGAAAAGAUUAUCUUGGGCGCGAUUGAUCUUGCCCUGUGUUUAUCUUGAAUAUUAAAGGGGAUGUAGCAUGAUGAGACUAUAUGUCUUUCCCGUGCCUGACUCGGGCCCAAUCGGUUAUAAUACGACUACGGACAACACUGGCCAGUAUUCACGUGCGUGCAACAUACGCGAAAGCGAAGCAUGAGGAGACCUUUGGUCUAUUUCGCAUACGCUAGAGCUGACCGUUAAUCAAGUCCAUUUGUUUAUGUGCAGUUGUCCUAAAGAAGCCUUAGAUGGCAUUAACCAGUAUUUACCAUGCUACACCCCUUUUAAUUUCAGACAUCUUUUUAGUUUAUAUAAGUGCAAAUCAUUACCGGUAAUUCAUUUCAUUCAUAGUUGUAAUGUUCUAAUAUAUUUAUAGUUUGUGAAUGAAAUCUCUAAAGAAGGAUCUGGCAAAGGAUGAUUAUAUCUGUUUUAAUCUUACAUACUAGUUUGAAAUGUAUGAAAUUUAGUUAUGCUGGAUACAUCAACAAUAUUGGCAUGUGAAAAUCUGAUUUGUCAAUGUCAUGAAUUUGAAGGUCAAAAUUGUCUUGCACAUUGCAUGGGAAUGCUAUCUUGCCCAUUCUUAUCUCUUUUUAUAUAUAAGCUUGACUAAUGGAUCAUUGUUAGGAUUGUCAGAUGCACAAAUAUUGAAGUUGCAGUGUGUUCCAAAUGGCUGUGCAAGGUACAUGUCCAUUUCCUCCAAAUUUUCCAACUUUACACCAAUCUUAAUAAAGUGAUAUUGGUUGCUAAUAAGGCCUAUCUGUGAAUUGUUAAGUUCAGAAACUAUUAAAUAAAUUUCUUCUUUUAAUUUAGCCAUUGCUCCAGAUACUUGUCAGUGAUGGAUAAAUCCUAAAAUAUUAAUACUCAAGAUGCGGUUUUGCAAAAUGCAGGCAUUUCGGACCAAAUAUCUAUUAAAUGUGUUGCAUUUUGUUGUACCCUUACAUGUGUAUCCAUGAAUUAUAAUUGACAAAAUCUGCUUUUUAACUCCUUUAAUUUUGCCAGCACUGCAAUUCCUUUAUUAAAAUAACAUAACCAAUUGUACCUAUGACAGGGUAUUGUCAUCAUUUUAUAGAAGUAAUGAAGUCAUUCAGGUAUUCAAAUACUUGGAAUUACAAUUCUUUGGGUUUUAAUACUUUACAUUCACAUUAAUUUAUAGAAAUAAAGUGAAAAAACAAACCAAAUUCUAUAAAGUGAGUGUAAUAUAUGAAAAUAUAUAUUUAUGUAAAUUACCUCAUCAAUGUAGUGCAAUGUAUAAAGUACUCAAAAGCACAACCUCCAUGAAAUCAAACAUAUUUGUAUAUUGUGCCAGAACAACCGAUAAUGGUGGAAGAGAGAAGAAAACAUGGUAUUGAUAUUUUGACUAAGGCUAGAAUUUUACAUGUAAAUUAUGUACGGCAUGAAAGAUUAUUAUCGAUAAUUGAAAUGUAUGAAAUGAAUUGAUACCAUUAUUCUCUGUAUUAAAGUAAAUGUAUUCAUGAAAUACUGAUAAUGUGCUUAAUGGAAGGGGGAAUCAUUCACUUGUACAAGAGAUACAAGUAAUGUAAGAUAUGACCAUCAAUACUUUUUUGGGUAGAGCCUCCAGUUUGGACACAGGGUUAUUUUUCUAUCUAUUUUAUGUUAUGCUAAAAAUUUCUGUGGCUCAGAAUAGACUUGGUAAUAUUUUUAAUAAUUUAUGUUUUUAAAUUAAAGAGAAUCAGAAAUGGGGAAUCUGGUGUUUGGUGGAAAGUUUGUCAUGUGAUCUGAUCCAUUAAAGCAAUGUUUUUCUUAACCCCCUCUUUCAAUCUCUGUGAAUAUUGUGUAUUACCAUAGGAGGGUGAUUUAUACUAAUAUUUCAACCGAUUAGUCAAUAUUUUCAUAUUCAUACAACGUGUAGCCUAAUGGCUAAAGUUUUUAAUGAUUUGAUUUAUUGACACCCAGCACAUUAUGUACAUGUAUAUGAUUUCAAUUCAUGCUCUGUACUUUAUACAAAUAAAUGUUAAAGUUCUUAAGAUAAGAUACCUCAUUUUUCAGAAAUGUUAUAUACAAUAUUGUUUUGUUCAUUCUUAUUGCCAUGUGCAUGUAUAUAAUCAGAGAAUUUAAUUAUUUAUAAAUAUCAUUAAUGUGAUUUUAAUUAUUUUGUAUGAAUGAUUAAAAUUGAUGUUGCAUUAUAACCCAUGGCA